AUGGAGCUGCCGGGGGUCUCGGUGCGGCUGCUGUGGCUCUCGGCGGCGCUGGCCGCCGCCGUCACCGCCGCCUCCUCCUCGCGCCAGCCGCGGAGCGCGUCCCCCUUCGGCCCGGUGUGGCCCUUGCCCCGCUCGAUGCGCCUCUCCCCGGACCGGCUGCAGCUCGCCCCGCAGCGCUUCCAGAUCGCCCUCGGCCCGGGCUCCUCGGCGGGGCCCCAGUGCUCCUUGCUGCAGGAUGCCUUUCGCAGGUAUUAUGAAUACCUGUUUGGGUAUUCCAAAUGGCAGAAACAUGAUGAAAAAUCUUUGGUCGGUACUGAAUUAGCUGCACUUCAGGUUAUUAUUACUUCAGAGGAAUCUGACUGUGACAAAUAUCCGGACAUCUCAUCAGACGAGGCUUAUGAGCUUCACAUCAGCGGGCCUGUGGCUGUACUGAAGGCAGGCAAGGUUUGGGGAGCAUUAAGAGGUUUGGAAACGUUCAGCCAGUUAGUAUAUGAAGAUGACUAUGGAAGUUUCUUUGUCAAUGCAUCUGACAUUACUGACUUCCCAAGAUUUGCUCAUCGAGGAAUCUUAAUUGAUACAUCAAGGCAUUUUCUACCCUUGAAAAGUAUCCUGACCAAUUUGGAUGCCAUGGCUUUUAACAAAUUCAAUGUGUUGCACUGGCAUAUUGUAGACGACCAGUCCUUUCCUUACCAGAGUGUCACUUUUCCUGAAUUGAGUGCUCAGGGGUCCUAUUCUUACAAUCACAUUUACACUCCUACUGAUGUCCGUCUGGUGAUAGAGUAUGCUCGAUUACGUGGCAUUAGAGUCCUCCCAGAAUUUGAUACUCCAGGGCACUCACAGUCUUGGGGGAAAGGACAGAAAGAUAUCCUCACACAAUGCUACGAUGGAGGCCAUCCGAGUGGCUCUUAUGGACCUGUAAACCCCAUUUCGAAUACAACUUACGAUUUCAUGGCUAAAUUUUUCAAGGAAAUUGGCACAGUGUUUCCUGACGAGUACAUCCACUUAGGAGGAGACGAGGUGGACUUCACUUGUUGGAAGUCCAACCCUGAUGUGAGUGAAUUUGUGAGGAAGCAAGGGUUUUGGUAUAGCUAUGCGAAACUGGAAUCCUAUUACAUUGAUAAAAUGUUGGACAUUGUAUCCUCCAUUAACAAGAAAUCCAUAGUCUGGCAGGAAGUAUUUGAUCAUGGAGCAGAGCUACCGCCAGAUUCAGUUGUUGAAGUCUGGAUGGCAAACUUCUAUGAAGAGGAAUUAAAAAAAGUAACAAAAGAAGGGCUCCCUGCAAUCCUGGCAGCACCUUGGUACCUAGACUACAUUAGCUAUGGCGAAGACUGGAUGAAAUACUACAAAGUCGAACCACUCAACUUCUUUGGGUGUGAGUCACAGAAAAAACUGGUGCUUGGAGGAGAAGCCUGUCUCUGGGGAGAAUUUGUAGAUGCAACUAAUCUCAUUCCAAGACUCUGGCCUCGUGCAAGUGCUGUUGGUGAGAGACUCUGGAGUAGCAAGAAUGUGACUGAUGCUGACGAUGCUUACAGCAGACUAGUUGAACAUCGUUGUCGCAUGCUUAGGCGUGGGAUAGCAGCUCAGCCUUUGUAUGUUGGAUUCUGUCGCCAUGAAGUGAGAAAUCCCUAACAACCUAUAGGAUGUGAGAUUACUAGCAGUGCCUUUUGGAUCAGGAAACUUGCACAUCCUGUCAAACAUUUGUACUGGAGCCAACUUCAAAAUGCUGGAAUUUUACAUAGAAUUAAAUUUUGCACAUGUUUGACA